AUCCCUAGCUACAACACAAGUCUAGCGAAGUUUGAGCUCUUAGGGUUUUUUCCUACUGAAACCCUAUUUUUGAACAUUUCAAAAAUUUGGAACUAAAGUAGGUAGAGAGGAUGAUGAAGUCUUGUUUCGCGGACUUGAUGCUGACGAUGGUCCUAUUGGCUUCGGGAGUUCGAGUUAGCUUCGGUGCUUUGUCUUCGAGUUAUUAUGCCAUGACAUGCCCAUUUGUUGAGUUCACAGUGAGAAACACCGUGAGCCAAGCCUUGCAAAAUGAUCCUACCCUUGCGGCAGGUCUCCUCAGGCUCCACUUCCAUGACUGUUUCGUUCAGGGAUGCGAUGCUUCUAUUUUGAUUGACGCUAGUGACAAAACAGCCGAGAAGGAUUCGCCCGCCAACGAAAGCAUUCGCGGGUAUGAGGUCAUCGACCAAGCGAAGCAAAUGCUGGAGGAUCAGUGCCCUGGGGUCGUCUCGUGUGCUGAUAUCAUUGCUAUAGCAGCUAGAGAUGCGGUUCUAUUUGCUAGAGGUCCAUAUUACGACGUAGCGAAUGGAAGGAAGGAUGGUAGAAGGUCGAGAAUAGAAGACACGAUUAACUUGCCACCCCCAACCCUAAAUAGCACCGAACUCAUCAAGAUGUUUGCUCAGCAUGGCUUUAAUGUUCAGGAUUUGGUGGCUUUAUCCGGGGCUCACACUUUGGGGGCCGCGAGGUGUGUAUCGUUCAAUCAAAGGUUGAGCAACUUCGACUCGACCAACGAAGCUGACCCGACGAUGGACUCCAACUACGCGAGGAUGCUGCAGAGGACGUGCAACGCGGGAAACAACACGCAGGUGGGGUUCGACUACACGAGGAACCGAUUCGACGUCAACUAUUUCUACGCGCUGCAGGCGAGGAUGGGGCUCCUCAUGUCCGACCAGACUCUGUAUAGCAACCCUCGGACACAGUCGAUUGUGAAUUCUUAUUCGAUGGACCCAAGGAGCUUCUUCUCUGAUUUUCAGCAGGCAAUGAUUAAGAUGGGGGCCCUAGACAUCAAAGAAGGCAAUCAAGGGGAGAUCAGGCUAAAUUGCAGAAAAUUCAACUAAAAGACAUUUUUAAAAAAUUAAAUAAAUAAAUAUUUUGUUAAAAAAAAAAAGUUCUAUGCUUUGUGUGCUCCCUCCAUGUUGUAAUAAGUUGUGCUCUAGAUGUUAUGGAUGUUAGUCUUUAUCCGACUCAAGUGUAAAUUUAAUGUUGAUCCAUACACGGGUCGAUUUUUUUUCUAUUAUUUGUAGUAAUUUUAAUUUAAAUUAGGAUUAAAGUUCUAAUCGAAAAAUAUAA